AUGGGUUGUGGUCACUCAGUACCAGAUAUAAAUGCCACCACCGGCAGCAAUGUAACCCUGAAAAUCCAUAAGGACCCACUUGGACCAUACAAACGUAUCACCUGGCUUCAUACUACCAAUCAGAAGAUUUUAGAGUACGACUAUAAUAGUACAAAGACAAUCUUCGAGUCUGUAUUUAAAGGCAGGGUUGAUCUUGAAGAAACAAAUGGUGCACUUCAUAUCUCUAAUGUCCGGAAAGAGGACAAAGGUACCUACUACAUGAGAGUGCUGCGUGAAACUGAGAACGAGUGGAAGAUAACCCUGGAAGUAUUUGAUCCUGUGCCCAAGCCUUCCAUAGAAAUCAAUAAGACUGAAGCGUCGACUGAUUCCUGUCACCUGAGGCUAUCAUGUAAGGUAGAGGACCAGCAUGUUGACUAUACUUGGUAUGAGAGCUCGGGACCUUUCCCCAAAAAGAGUCCAGGAUAUGUGCUCGAUCUCAUCGUCACGCCACAGAACAAGUCUACAUUUUACACCUGCCAAGUCAGCAAUCCUGCAAGCAGCAAGAACGACACAGUGUACUUCACUCUACCUUGUAAGCUGGCCAGAUCUUCUGGAGUACUUUGGAUUGCAACUUGGCUAGUGGUCACAAUGCUCAUCAUUCACGGGAUCCUGUUAACCUGACAAGAACUCCUCUCACCCAAGAAGGCAACUUGGAAGCAGAGAGUCUUGCCUUCAUCUCUGGCAGUGUUCCUAACCAGCGAAGCAGCUCUGGCUCUAUGGGACAAAGGAGAAUGUGUUACUGAAUGUGUGUCUGUGAGGGUUUGCAUGCAUGCUGUAUGAAACAAGCACAGGACCUUGUACAGUGCUCCACCACUGACCUGUGUGCCCAGUCCUUUAAAAAGAUUUCAAAUCAACCUUUUAAAAACUGUGCAUAAUAUCUAAGUUUAUAUACCAUAGUUGUUUCCCAACAUAUAUUAAAGAUAAAUGCAUUCUUUUUACCAAAAUGUGUGACUACAUUAUUCUAAUGUUUUCAUAUCUCUUUUUAAAAUAAAUUCUUUUAAAAA